AAAACAAAGAGAUCAAAAGAACAUCUAGUCCUGAGAAAAAUCAUAAAUAAACAGUUUCGAGUUCCCUGACACCAAUUACCGCAGUCCCGAUGUGACACUGGGUUCUCAUAAUCAUUCAGAUCAUUCCAAAUGUGAUCUGGGGCAGCAAAAAACUCCAGGAUUCCUCGAAACAGAAGAACGAUUUCUCGAAAAUUUCUGGAAACAAACAAUAGUUUGGCAUAAAUUGGUGCAAAACGUGAGAAAUGGACGUGGAGAGGCUGGCGGUCUUUGCUGGCAUUGGUUUUGCCAUAGGUGUUGGUGCCUUCGUCCUCUGGGGACCCACCCCCAGGCCCAGGAGAAGAGGUCAAGUGGCUGGAAUAACGAAUCUGGGCUACACCUGCUUCCUGAAUUCACUUCUGCAGGCCCUAGGGGCAUGUCCAACCUUCCUCAAGUGGCUGAAUGAGAGGGCAGCCAAAAGCAAGGAGACCAGCUUCACGAGUAAUUUAAUUCUCGUGCUGGACAGGAUCAAUGGAUUCUCGGAGGAUCUUUAUGGAGAUGUAGCUCCCAUCGAGGUCAUCACCUCUCUGGGGGCACUGUGGAGCUUUGAUCCUGGGUAUCAGGAUGCUCAUGACUUGUUUCAUGUCAUGUUAAUGGCACUCCAGAAUGAAGCACAGACACCAACCCGGAGCGGCUGUCUCUCGGACGCCCUUCCCUCCUCCCCUCCCUCCUUCGACCCAUUAACCCUGCGAAGUGUCUCCUGCAAUGACAUCCCCCGUGAGGACCCCUCAAAGCCCCUGAAUCCCUCCACAACCCCCCACAACCCCCUGAUCUCUUCCACAAUAUCCAUUCCCCACAUGUCCACGAAGAAGCCAGGAGUGAUUCUCGCCAGGUCUUCAGAGAUUCUGACGAAGUACCUAAAUGACGAGUCACCUGAGAGUCCUCAGCGAGGCCUCUGGACAUCUCUUAUUGCCAUUCCCCAGGUGAAUCCACCCCUGGCAAAUGACAAUCACCCAUUCUCUGGCUUUUUGACCAGUCAGUUGAAGUGCACAAGGUGCCAGUGGCGAUCGCCAGUGAGAUACGAUAAAUUGGAAACAGUCUCUCUGCCACUGCCACCAGCCGGUGAAAGCAUCUCCUGGCGUCGUCACACCCUGGGGGAGUUGUUCUCGAGGCUGGUGACCAGUGAGAUCAUCAAUAAUGUCGAGUGCGACGGCUGUGGAACUAGAUCGCCAGCGAUGAAGACCUUGACGAUGGGAAAAUUACCAAGAUGUCUGUGCAUUCACGUACUCAGGACGACUUGGGGCUCCUCUGGGGCGCCUGUCAAGAGGGACGACGUCGUGAUAUUCCCGGAGGUCUUUGUCCUCGAUCCGUUUACGUUCAGUGAGGCCAAGAAGAGGAAUGGACAGGCCAGUCUUCCUGUUCUGAUGAUAAAUCAGACGAGUGGACAGGGCAAGCACAAAUAUCGACUUACGGCUGUUAUUGAACAUCGGGGAAGGGUUGAUACUGGACAUUUCGUGUGCUAUCGCAGGGGUAAUCGACCUCAGCAGUGGCUUUACACCUCGGAUAACGUCGUGGAGAAGAGCACCCUUACUGAUGUACUCUGUGCUAAUCCUUAUUUAAUGUUUUAUGAGAGGAUUGAGGGGAUGUAGCUGCGAACGAGGGACAGGACUUUCGAUGCAGUUUACAGGGAUGAUAUCUCUGGAGGUAGUGACUCGAUUUCAAUGAGUCACCGCUCAUUUGAAAGGUAUUUUAUUUCUCUUUGAAAUCAGAGCGAAAUCACCCAAUUUCGCUCUGCCGGUUCGGAGAUAUUCGCGAAAAACGGUGGGCGGAAUUCCUCCCCGAAAAACAGUCUUGCUUUCAGACUCCAGCGGUUUUUUCGCAUUAUCUGGAAAUUUAUGGGAGAUAGGAAAAAUUUGUUGUAAUCUUUUUCGUAGAGCGAGAAAAGAUCUCAAAGAUUGGUAUCACGGUUUUUUUAAUGGCUUCAAUAGAUUUCGAGAUAUUUCCAAAAAACUGGGGCGUGAGUCUAAGCUGAAGCACUAUGUGCUUAAUUUAUUACUAGAAUAUUCAACAAAUGGCAAUUGAAAUCCUUCAGAGACUGAAAAAUAAUCACUAGAGCUUAAUUAAUCCACCGAUGUUGUGUCUAGAUGAUUGACAUCAUGAGAUUUCAUCUCCAAGUUUUAGGUGGCAUGAACUGUCGAUUGUUACUUCGAUUGAUUUGACAAGUGCCAAUUUUUUUUUCUGAGUUCUAAGACUGUUGGAGGUUUCUUCAUUUUUCACGUGCCAUGUACAGGGCUUUAGGGGUAAUUCGCAGUGCCUAAAUAUUUUUUAUAUUCAUCCAGAGAUGUUUUCAGAGGUUUAUAAUUUUGUUUUUAGAAAUUCCAUUUGUAUAAAUUCGUUUAGUUACUCAAAGAGUUUUUUUUUCUACGUUGAGUUUUUUCGGAUAUUUGUGAGGAUAGGAUUAUCGUAAGAAUUAUGAUAAUUGUAAGUAGAUUAGAGUCUUUAUUAGAGGACAAAGUUAUUACGAAAAUAAAAGUGUGAAGUACUCAAAUAA